CAAACUUUCAAUCUGCAAAACGUAAAUAGUGGGUCAAGCUCAGUCACUGAUAAGACGAAAAAGACGCACUAAACAGGAAAUAAACAGCUGAAAGACAAGUGUUUGUGUAUUUUUUAGUAGGGCAGUAAGCACUAAAUAUGUAGACGGCGAUCAGAAGAAAGCGUAGAAUAGAAAUCAAGUAAACAAGAGUUAGAAAGGCGAACAAUACUAAAAGAAGGUGAAUUAUUUGACCGAUAGCUCAAGGACGGGUUAAUUGAACGGUAGGUUAAUGGUCCGAUGACCUUGUCCAGCAAUGUCAAUGCUGCAGCAGUAACCAACAGUAGCCCAAUGGUUUCGGUGGUAUCUUUCGCGCAUCUUAUCACCAUCGCUACACGUUUCGCUGUGCACAGCCUCGACGCGGCGCGUCCGUCGUCACACUUUUUGUGCUAUGUUUGGCGAUAAACAAGUUUUCAUCCAAAAGCACCGCUACGAUAAGCUAAAUCUGAAGCACACACAAAGAACGCGAUGAUGGAUUUGAAGAAGAACUUGGAAAACCAGGAAGGGAACCGCGUGCGGCAGAGGAGCGUCGACGUCGACAGGCGUUCAUUUCAGUAUAGCUGAGCAGCUCGACGGGUCCGGACGCGACAAGUGAUUUUAUCGGAGGAAAGUUAGUGUUUGCGCGAAGAAAGCCGUCAGUGCUGAGUCAAAGCGUCUGGAGACAAAACAAAGAAAAAGUGUGAACUCAACUCAAGGGUGUAUAAUUGUACCCUGCAUCUAUAUAGUGAAGGGUCGGUUGGGGAGAGUGCAGUGCAUAAUUAUUUGAAGUAGUUGGAAUCGCAGACGAUCGGGCGUUGCGUGCAGUGCAAUCACGCUGGAAAUCUAAAACUCCGAGCACGCUUGAAUGUUUGGAAGCGUACGCGUACGGUUAGUUCAACGAGCAACUCAUAUCAGCAGAUGACGCAGUUGGAGAAACUACGCCUGCCACUAGUGGUGGCAGGAUUGUUUGUGUUCUCAAACCUGUUGAUCACUGGCGUCUCGCCGUACCGGGUUGGAGUGGGGCGAGCGGACUGUACUGGACCCCCAGUCGAGAUUGGAUUUAUGGGCUACGCCGAGUUUUCUCAGCGGGGUCAUGGUAUCCACUUGCGACAAUUUUCCAGAGCUUUCAUUUUCGAGGAUGAGCUGGGCGAAAGGAUUGUAUUCGUUAGCGCAGAUGCCGGCAUGAUGGGACACGCCGUCAAGCGGGACGUGAUCGAUCUGUUGCAGAAGAAGUACGGUGAUCUGUACCGGUUCGAGAACGUGGUUCUCAGUGGAACGCACAGCCACAGUGUGCCUUCGGGAUUCUUGAUGUCGUUCCUCUACGACAUUGCCUCGCUGGGGUUCGUUCCGCAAAAUUUCAACGCACUAGUGGAGGGCAUUACGCUGAGUAUUGUAAGAGCGCACGAGAGCAUGCAAGAAGGACGAGUUUACGUUUCGGAAACGGAGGUUGCCGAUGCAAGUAUCAACCGCAGUCCAAGCGCUUACGAAAACAAUCCUAAAGAUGAACGAAUGCUCUACAAAGAUUACACUGAUAAGAAACUUGUACAAGUGAAAGUAGUUGAUAGCGAGGGAAAGCCAUUAGGUGCAAUCAACUGGUUCGCCGUUCAUCCGACCUCGAUGAAUAAAACCAACUGCUUCGUAUCGAGUGAUAACGUUGGAUACGCGUCAAUUCUGCUGGAACAAGAAAUGAACCCGGACAGUCUACCAGGGCAAGGGAAAUUCGUGGGGGCAAUGGCUGCGUCCAACUUGGGUGACGUUUCACCGAACGUCAUGGGACCCAAGUGUGAGAAAACGGGUCUUCCGUGCGAUUUGCUAACGUCUUCCUGUCCUAGCGGUACAGGAUCGUGCAUAGCUUCCGGUCCGGGGAAGGACAUGUUCGACAGCACCCGAAUGAUAGCCAAACGGAUUUACACUGCGGCGUCGAAACUACUUCGCACGAAGAAAUCCCGCGAAAUCCGGGGUCCCAUAGCAUUUGCCCACAAAUUUAUCGACAUGACGGCGGCCACGGUACCGUACUACAACCGUACUAGCGAACGCAACGAGGAAGUGCACGGCUGCUAUCCCGCCAUGGGAUACAGUUUUGCGGCCGGAACCACUGACGGACCGGGGGCUUUCGAUUUCCGGCAGGCAAUGCUCACGGACACCACCUUCUGGAAUACGGCUAGAGAUUUGAUUGCUGUGCCUACAUCGGACGAUAAGAGCUGUCAUGCUCCCAAGCCUAUUUUGGUUGCUAGUGGUCGUACGACUUUUUCGUAUGAAACGCAACCGAAAAUUGUUCCGGUGCAGAUUCUGCUACUGGGAGACUUCGCUGUAGCUGCUGUUCCGGCUGAGUUCACAACCAUGUCUGGUAGACGACUGAGAAAGACAAUUGAAGAAGCCUCUCUGGAAGCUGGAGGGAAAAAGGUUAAGGUUGUGGUGGCAGGAUUAUCAAACAUGUACACGAGCUACGUUGCAACCCCAGAGGAAUACGCCAUUCAGCGGUACGAAGGAGCAUCGACAUUGUAUGGUCCACAUACUCUAACAAUUUAUUUGCAUCAUUUUAAUGCACUUAUGAAAGCCAUAGUUAACGGAGAAUCUGUUGAGGAAGGGCCUUCGCCACCGUUCGAAGACUACAAACAGAUAACGCUCUCUACAGGGGUUGUAUACGACGGGCAUCCGUUUAGAAUGUACUUUGGAGACGUGCAAGAACAGCCCAAUGAGAGUUACACACGAGGAGAAACAGUGCGAGCCUCGUUUGUGGCGGGUAAUCCUCGAAACAAUUUAAUGCACGAAAAGACUUAUUUCACGGUCGAGAAACAGAUGGGCGAGGAUCAGUGGAAAGUGAUAGCUACGGAUGCCAGUUGGGAGACCAAGUUCAAAUGGAUCCGAAAGUCCACAUUGUUUGCCUACAGUGAUAUCGAGUUCGAGUGGCAAACGGGACCGGAAACAGACGGAGGGGUUUACAGAAUACAACAUUUUGGAUACUGGAGAUACAUUCUGGGCGGGACCUACCCUUACAAUGGUACUACUAGAAAUUUUAGCAUUUUAUAGAUAGGAGAUUAAUAUACAACAAUUGUAUCGAAAUUGUGAUAGAAACGAAGUAACAAGAACUAGUCAAAUUAAUAUGAG